CUCUCUUUCUUUCUCUCUCUACCAUCUAUCUCUCUCUCUCUAAAACUCUUUCUCUUAAAAUUCUCAGAAUCUAGAGAGAGAUAGGUCUGUUUUCUUCUGUUCCGAGGAUUCGGUUCAAUCGCCGAUCUUCCUUAUUUGUUUUUCCGCUGUUCCUCGGGAACUCCUUUCCAAUCCGUGUCUCUUCCAGUCCCAGAAUGUAAUGUUUCAGAUUUUCAAGAUCCUUUUUUUUUUUUAAGAGCAACAAAUGGAGGGAGAUUUUUCUGAUUUGAUAGAAUUCUGAUAAAAAAAAAAAGAAAAAUAGAAAACAAUGGAAGGCGAUACAUUUUCUGGGCUUCGAAAUGGUACUACACAGAUUGACGGGAAAAUAUUGCAGACAUUUCAGAAGAACUUUGUUCAAGUCCAGAACAUCUUGGAUCAGAACAGAUUGCUGAUAAACCAGAUAAACCAAAACCAUGAGUCCAAAAUUCCUGACAAUCUCAGCAGAAAUGUGGGUCUCAUCAGAGAACUCAACAACAAUAUCAGAAGGGUUGUUGACCUUUACUCUGAUCUCUCAUCUUCCUUCACCAAAUCCAUGGACGCUUCUUCCGAAGGCGACUCGAGUGGAGCUCUCAAAUCCGAUGCCAAAGCGGCCGGUCUUAAACGGAAUCGGCCGCUUUAAUUAGAAGAUGAAUUUGAUUUUCUACAAUUUGUUUUUGGAAAGGAAUUCAACGAUAUUAUUGCUGUUGAGAUCAAUGGUUCAAAAAAAGUGAUUAGAUAAUUAUUCUGUAACUCUUUUAUUGUUAUCAGUGACUGUUGUUGCUACAACUACUAUUACUAGCUCACUCACUUUGUCCUUACAUUUAUUAGAACAAAAUAAUUGUACGGUAUUAUUCCCAGUUCGUUGUAACUAUAUAUAUAUUGUGUAACUAUGGAUCUAAUUUUAAGAGGAGGGAAAAAAAAAAUCAAUAUUUGGAGUGUUU